AUGACGAGCACCGUGUCAGACCCCACGAUUUGGCGAGGACGAGCAAACGCAUCCAUUCAUCACUUUCUUUGGGUUGUAUCUGUUUCGGCUAUCUAUCUCAUUACCGAAUUGAACAUUUGGGGUUUGAGCUUUGUACUGGCUUCUGCACAACUUCAAUACUUUGCUUCCAUUGUUGGCAUGAUUGUGGUUUUCUCAAUCAUGGCAGCCGCUGGCCAGGCGAGUCGGAGUUGUGACAAUUUCUAUCACCGAUGGAUCAAAUCAAAGGUCGAUUUUAUCAACGCUCAACUCGGAGUAGGAUUCAGUGUUCCGAUCAUCAUGCUGGAUCAUGUCCUCGGCAUUCGAGACAUUGGCUAUAUAAUUGCGACUUCUGCUAUUACAAACGUAAUUUCGUGGCUUGCUGUGUUCAUACUCAGCCUUUUAUGGCUAUGGCUGCUCACUGACUUGCAGCCAUGUGGUUCUACCCGCACACAGGAUAAGCCGUCCAAAGUUUCUGGCUUUACGUCUCGCUGUGAAGUCAGAAGCACUUUUUGCCGUGCUACUGUCCAGCAUUGUGACGGGCCAUGGCAGUAUUUAACAUCGGAUGAUUCAGUGGAAAAAAAGGAGGAAAGAACAUCCGCCUCAACUAAUACUGAAGCUGGAGCCAGCGAAAACGAUGUCGAGACGAAGGUCGAACAAGGAGAUGGCAACUUGUGGUGUAUUCUAAAAACUAAUGGCUAUGUUAUCUUGUGCUUAAUUGGAAUCACCGGCGUCGGCAUGCCUUUAGAGCUGGUACUCCGCGACAGCAGAGUCCUCGACGGGUUCUCUAUAUGGCUUUGCUGGCUAGUCGCCUUACGACUACAACGGACGGUCAAAUACUCGAACCUCUUUGGUUCCAAUAUACGGUUUCGACACAGUCUUGCAACCAUGAUCAAUCCCGUUCUAGUAACCACACUUCUCAUGCUUGGCUUCACUCGCUUUAAAGGCUUGCUUGCCGGCAAUGGGGGCAUUGCCAGAGUGCUUGGGAAAUUCAGCAGCGGCAGCCCCUUAUACGCCAUUUGGACUGCCUCUAUCUCUAGUUCCGUGGUACCAGACAACCCAACUCUCUGGUUCGGGGCAGGAGACUUGGCUUUAUCCCUCCUGGAAUGCGGAAUCGUAACAUGGGGAUUCAAACUCUACGAGUGCCGAAGGCAACUUUUCAGUGUCUCUGGCAUUUUAAUUUUGCUGUUUUCCACGUUUGCUGCCGCCGGGAAUACCUUCUUAUCAGUGUUACUCGCGCGAACCGUUGGGUUGCAGCCAACCGAAUCACUGGCUUUUGCUGCUCGCAGUACCACGCUCGCCCUUGCCAAGCCCGCCGUCAAGGCUCUCGGUGGUAAUCUAGCUCUAAACGCCACCCUUGUGGUUAGCAAUGGUAUUUUGGGCCAGCUGUUGUAUCCCAUACUAUUGGACAAGCUGUCCAUACCAAGUAUUCAGGCAGGUGCACGUGGCAAGGAUAAAACGACGACUUCAGAUCAGGAUGAUGAAGAUGGCACCGUUACUGUCGCAGCUGGAACUGCUAUUGGUAUCAAUGGUGCCGCCAUGGGGGUAUCGUAUCUAUACGAGGUAAAGAGUCGGGCCGCUCCUUAUGCAGCUCUGUCCAUGACCAUGUUUGGCGUCAUGAAUGUGGUGUUUACCACUCUCGAUCCAUUCAAGGCUAUCGUUCUGAAGCUGGCUUCCUGGUGA